UCACUGUCUCCAAGAUGGCGGCCGUGUCAGUUUGGGGCAUCUCCGCGGUCCGGCCCGGGCCCCCGGGAUCCCGGCUGUCUUCCCCCCAGGAUUCUUUCUACUAACCCAGACACUUGUUGAAGUGCUGAAUAGUUUCUUGGGGAAAAAUAUGGAGGAAGAGUUGAACCCGUAGACUGGCGUAAGAUGCUCAUUUUCUGCUUGAAGCUGUGAAUGAGAUGUUUGGAGUACAAGAGUAUAUUUGGAAUAGAGACCAAUGUGUGGUGCUAUUGAGGAUUUCCGAAGACACUUCAAAAAAAACAAUUGUUUUGAUUUCUAAGGUAAAAGUAGGUUGCAGUUCUGUUUUGUGAAGGAGGGAAGACUCAGGCCAGAAAUCUUGUAUGCUAUGGUUAACUGGUUCCCACCCUCCGAGAAUCUUGUUUUCCAUGGUGUAAGACUUACUCAGCAUCAGGAUAAGGGGUAGCGACUCUAUGGAUAUACGGAAUCCCUCACCAUGGUAAAACUCGCUAACCCGUUGUACACGGAGUGGAUUUUGGAGGCCAUCAAAAAAGUCAAGAAGCAGAAACAGCGACCUUCAGAAGAAAGGAUUUGCAAUGCAGUGUCUUCAUCCCAUGGCUUGGAUCGCAAAACUGUUCUAGAGCAGUUGGAGUUGAGUGUUAAAGAUGGGACAAUUUUAAAAGUCUCAAACAAAGGUCUCAAUUCCUAUAAAGAUCCUGAUAAUCCUGGGCGAAUAGCUCUUCCUAAACCCCGAAACCAUGGAAAAUUGGAUAAUAAGCAAAGUGUGGAUUGGAAUAAAUUACUCAAACGGGCAUUUGAGGGCUUGGCAGAGUCUGGUGGCUCAACUUUGAAAAGUAUUGAACGCUUUUUGAAAAGCCAGAAGGAUGUGUCUGCUGUCUAUGGAGGCAAUGCUGCCUCUGGCUUUCACCAGCAGUUGAGAUUGGCCAUCAAGCGUGCUGUUGGCCAUGGCAGACUCCUUAAAGAUGGACCUCUCUACCGGCUCAACACUAAGGCAGCCAGUGCUGAUGGGAAGGAGGGUUGUGAGUCGCUCUCCUGUUUACCUCCAGUGUCGCUGCUUCCACAUGAGAAAGAUAAGCCGGUUGCUGAACCAAUACCCAUCUGUAGUUUCUGUCUUGGUACAAAAGAACAGAACCGGGAAAAGAAGCCUGAGGAACUCAUCUCCUGCGCAGACUGUGGCAAUAGUGGUCAUCCAUCCUGUUUAAAGUUUUCCACAGAACUCACAGUGAGAGUGAAGGCCUUACGGUGGCAGUGCAUUGAGUGUAAAACGUGCAGCUCCUGUCGUGACCAAGGCAAAAAUGCAGAUAACAUGCUCUUUUGUGAUUCAUGUGACCGAGGUUUUCACAUGGAAUGUUGUGAUCCACCACUCACACGGAUGCCAAAAGGCAUGUGGAUAUGUCAAAUAUGUCGGCCUAGGAAAAAAGGACGGAAACUUCUACAGAAGAAAGCUGCGCAGAUAAAACGGCGCUAUGCUAAUCCCAUAGGACGUCCAAAAAGCAGGUUAAAGAAACAAAACACGGUAUCAAAAAGUCCCUUUAGCAAAGUGCGAACUGGUCCUGGAAGGGGUCGGAAACGUAAAAUCCCUAUCUCCAGUCAAUCAGCAUCAUCAUCAGAAGAAGGAUAUUUAGAGCGAAUAGAUGACUUGGACUUCUGCAGAGAUAGCAAUGUCCCCUUGAAGUUCAACAAGAAAACCAAAGGGCUCAUUGAUGGCCUUACCAAAUUCUUCACCCCUUCUCCUGAUGGGCGGAAAGCCCGUGGGGAGGUGGUAGACUACUCUGAGCAAUACAGAAUCAGGAAAAAGGGCAACAGAAAAUCAAGCACUUCAGAUUGGCCCACAGACAAUCAGGAUGGCUGGGAUAGCAAACAAGAAAAUGAGGAGCGCCUUUUUGGGAGCCAGGAAAUCAUGACGGAGAGAGAUAUGGAAUUAUUUCGUGACAUCCAGGAGCAAGCACUGCAGAAAGUCGGAGUAACUGGGCCUCCUGACCCACAAGUCCGCUGCCCCUCUGUCAUUGAGUUUGGGAAGUAUGAAAUUCACACCUGGUACUCCUCUCCAUAUCCUCAAGAAUACUCAAGGCUGCCUAAAUUGUAUCUUUGUGAGUUCUGUCUAAAAUAUAUGAAAAGUAGAACUAUUCUACAGCAACACAUGAAGAAAUGUGGUUGGUUCCAUCCUCCUGCCAAUGAGAUUUACCGAAAGAAUAAUAUUUCUGUCUUUGAGGUUGAUGGGAAUGUGAGUACCAUUUAUUGUCAAAAUCUGUGUCUCUUGGCAAAGUUGUUUCUUGACCACAAAACACUCUAUUAUGACGUGGAGCCAUUUCUUUUCUAUGUUCUAACACAGAAUGAUGUCAAGGGCUGCCACCUUGUUGGCUACUUUUCCAAAGAAAAGCAUUGCCAACAGAAAUACAAUGUCUCUUGUAUAAUGAUUCUUCCCCAAUACCAACGUAAGGGCUACGGCAGAUUUCUCAUCGAUUUCAGUUAUUUGUUAUCGAAGCGUGAAGGCCAAGCAGGGUCCCCAGAGAAACCGCUGUCAGAUCUAGGUCGUCUUUCCUACAUGGCUUACUGGAAAAGUGUAAUAUUGGAGUGCCUUUAUCACCAAAACGAUAAACAAAUCAGCAUUAAGAAACUAAGCAAGUUGACUGGGGUCUGUCCUCAAGACAUUACUUCCACACUCCACCACCUGCGAAUGCUGGACUUCCGUAGUGACCAAUUUGUGAUUAUCCGCCGGGAAAAACUUAUCCAGGAUCAUAUGGCAAAGCUUCAGCUGAAUCUUCGACCUGUAGAUGUAGAUCCAGAAUGCUUACGCUGGACUCCAGUCAUAGUCUCCAACUCUGUUGUCUCAGAGGAAGAAGAAGAGGAGGCUGAUGAAGGAGACAAAGAAGAGCCCCAAGACCAAGAAAGAGAAUUAGAGACCACUGUAAGGGUGGGGAAGUCUGUGUCUCGGGAGAACAAAGAUCAAGGUUCUUCCUCUUUAGUAGAAAGUGAAAAGAAACCAGAAGUUAAGGAACUGGCCAGUUCUUCACGUCUGAGCAAACAGGCCCUUCCCCGGGACAGUCUUCCUGCCAAUGGCCAGCCCCUUCGGAGGGGCCGCUGUGGGAGGAAGAACAGAAAGACCCAGGAACGUUUUGGUGAUAAAGAUUCCAAGGUGCUUGUGGAUGAGACAUUAUCAACUCCUCAGGAACAAUAUGGAGAAUGUGAGGAAAAAUCAGAAACCUCCCAAGAGCAAUACCCCGAAAUUGAAGACCAAUUGGCAGCGUCUCAAGUGCAACCAGACGGGAAAGCUGACAUGGCCAAGGGGAGAUUGAGUGAGAGUGUUGAGCUGUGGCGAGGACAGCUGAAGAAAAGCCCUGAAACCCUCAAGUGCAGAGGGCCAGAAGGAGGUGAUAGGCUGCCAUGCUGCUACAGUGAUGGCGACAGGGCUGUCUUCAGAGGCUUCAGUGAGAGUAGUGAGGAGGAGGAAGAGCCAGAAAGUCCCCGCUCAAACUCGCCACCAAUUCUCACAAAGCCCACACUGAAAAGAAAGAAACCAAUUCUUCACCGAAGAAGAAGAGUCCGCAAACGGAAACACCACAAUAGCAGUGUAGUCACAGAAACUAUUUCUGAGACCACUGAGGUUUUAGAUGAACCGUUUGAAGACUCUGACUCUGAGAGACCAAUGCCGAGACUGGAGCCUACGUUUGAGAUUGAUGAAGAAGAGGAGGAUGAGGACGAGACUGAGCUCUUUCCCAGAGGGUACUUCCAUCGCUUGUCCUCACAGGACGUCCUGAGGUGUCAGUCCUCUAAGAGGCCAUCUAAAGAUGAGGAGGAGGAAGAGGAGUCAGACGAUGUGGACGACACUCCUGUUCUAAAGCCAGUCUCUCUCUUGCGAAAAUGUGAUGUGAACAGUGCUUCACUUGAGCCAGAUACCUCUACACCCAUGAAAAAGAAAAAGGGAUGGCCCAAAGGCAAGAGUCGAAAACCUAUCCACUGGAAGAAAAGACCUGGACGAAAACCAGGAUUUAAAUUGAAUCAGGAAAUCAUAGCAGUUUCUACGCAAGAGUGCAUAAUUGAGCCCAUAGUUCCCAUUAAACCGGGACGUAAACCCAGAACUCAAGAAAAUGAAGAAACCGUUGAGGUAAAGGAGGACUUGCCCUUGUUGGAAGAAAGGAAGGAGGAGAUGCAUACAGAAGCCGACGAGGAGGCUGAGGAGGAAGAGGAUACGACUAGCAGUGACGUUAGAGCCAUGUCCCCACUGGACAGCAGCAACAGCCCCGAGGCCGAACCCAAAGAACCCGAGGCUGAUGAGGAAGAUGAGAAGCCCUUGGAAGAGCAGAGGCAGUCGGAGGAGGAGCCUCAGGAGUUGGAAGAACAGGAGCAGGAGGAAGACGAUGAAGUGACUGCAGAGGCGAACGAGAAUGAAGACCACGAUGCUGAUGAUGAGGACGAUGGCCAUCUAGACUCUCUAAAGACAAAAGAGCCAGGGGAUCAGCCAGCCAGAGAGGAGCACAAGGAGGAGCCUGGCGUUCAGGAGUCUUUUUUAGAUGCAAACAUGCAGGACAGUAGGGAGACUAUAAAGGAGAAGGAGGAAACUGAACCAGAUUCUGAAGAGGAACAGCCUUCCCAUGAGGCAUCUGUGGUGUCAGAGACCAUGCCAGGGUCUGAGGAGGACCACGAGGAAGACUCAAACACUAAAGAAGAAUUAAUUGAGCUAAAAGAGGAGGAAGAGAUCCCACACAGUGAACUGGACCUGGAAACUGUACAGGCAGUGCAGUCUUUGACUCAAGAAGAAAGCAGUGAGCAUGAAGGAGCUUACCAGGACUGUGAGGAGACUCUUGCAGCCUGCCAGACUCUGCAGAGUUAUACGCACACCGACGAGGACCCUCAGAUGUCAAUGGUUGAAGACUGCCAUGUUUCCGAGCAUAAUAGCCCAAUAUCCUCCAUUCCGUCUCAUCCUAGUCAGUCAGUUCGGUCAGUCAGCAGCCCAAGCGUGCCUGCCCUGGAGAGUGGCUACACGCAGAUCAGCCCAGAGCAAGGAUCGCUGUCCGCACCCUCUAUGCAGAACAUGGAGACCAGCCCCAUGAUGGAUGUGCCUUCCGUAUCAGACCACUCUCAGCAGGUGGUGGACAGUGGCUUCAGUGAUCUGGGCAGCAUCGAGAGUACCACGGAGAACUAUGAGAACCCAAGCAGCUAUGACUCCACCAUGGGCAGCAGCAUCUGUGGGAACAGCUCCUCUCAGAGCAGCUGUUCCUAUGGUGGCCUGUCCUCUUCAAGCAGCCUCACCCAGAACAGUUGCGUCGUCACUCAGCAAAUGGCAAACAUGGGCAACAGCUGUAGCAUGCUGCAACAGAACAGUGUCCAGCCUGCUACCAACUGCAAUAUCAAGUCACCGCAGACUUGUGUGGUGGAAAGGCCUCCCAGUAACCAGCAGCCGCCACCGCCGCCGCCACCACCACCGCCUCCGCAGCAGCAGCAGCAGCAGCAGCAACAACCAGCACCCCAGCCUCCCCCACCACAGCCGCAGCAGCAGCCCCAGCCCCCACCACCACAGCAGCAGCCCCAGCCCCCACCACCCCCCCAGCAGCAGCCUCCUCUGUCACAGUGCAGUAUGAACAACAGCUUCACUGCAGCUCCAAUGAUUAUGGAGAUACCCGAGUCUGGAAGCACUGGGAACAUCAGUAUCUACGAGAGGAUUCCAGGGGAUUUUGGUGCUGGCAGCUACUCUCAACCAUCAGCCACCUUCAGUCUAGCCAAGUUGCAGCAGCUGACUAACACCAUUAUGGACCCUCAUGCCAUGCCUUACAGUCACUCUCCGGCUGUGACUUCCUAUGCAACCAGUGUUUCUCUGUCUAAUACUGGACUGGCUCAGUUAGCUCCAUCUCAUCCCUUAGCUGGGACCCCUCAAGCACAAGCCACUAUGACUCCGCCCCCAAACUUGGCAUCUACUACUAUGAACCUCACAUCGCCUCUGCUACAGUGCAACAUGUCUGCCACCAACAUUGGCAUUCCUCACACUCAGAGGUUGCAAGGGCAGAUGCCAGUCAAGGGGCACAUUUCUAUCCGCUCCAAGUCUGCACCUUUACCCUCUGCAACUGCACACCAACAACAGCUAUAUGGCCGCAGCCCGCCAGCAGUUGCCAUGCAGGCUGGCCCUCGUGCAUUGGCUGUUCAGCGUGGCAUGAAUAUGGGGGUUAAUUUAAUGCCCACUCCAGCCUAUAAUGUCAAUUCCAUGAAUAUGAACACCUUGAAUGCCAUGAACAGCUAUCGAAUGACACAGCCCAUGAUGAAUAGCAGUUACCAUAGUAACCCUGCCUACAUGAACCAGACAGCACAGUAUCCUAUGCAGAUGCAGAUGGGAAUGAUGGGGAGCCAGGCCUAUACCCAGCAGCCUAUGCAGCCAAACCCUCAUGGAAACAUGAUGUACACUGGCCCCUCCCAUCAUAGCUACAUGAAUGCUGCUGGUGUGCCCAAGCAGUCACUUAAUGGACCUUACAUGAGAAGAUGAGCGAGAUGGACUUGCAGUUAAAAGCUUAAAUAUAUAUAAAUAAAGGAACUUUUUAUACUGACAAACCAGAGAAAAAAUGGACCUUUUUUUCCAGUUAAAAUAUUACUGUAGAGUUAGAGGAAUUUUUCUUUGGUUUAUUAUUAUUAUUACUGUUUUGUUUUGUUUUUAGAAAACCUGAUCUCUUUUUGGGGGUUCAACGUUUUAGGUUUUUGUUUUCUUCACAGUCUUGAACAUUUUACAGUAGAACUCAUCUAAAAAUGGAUUUGGGUAGGGGAAACAUGCACAAAAUCUUUUCAUAAUUAAAAGGAGCCUUACUUUGUUUAUAUACCACAUGGACAGAAUUUAUGUAACCGUGAGUUUAUUUUAUGUUACAAUGUAUGUCCCCCUCACUGUCUGCAGCUCCCAAUGUUGUCAUUUUUAAAUGUUAUAUAUACAUCUCAAGGGUCACCCAGGCCCUUUUCCUCAACCCACCCUUUCAUUUCCCACUUCAUUCCAGCAGGAGGCACUUAGGGGAGACUGGGAUGGGGACAGGGGGAACAGCCCAAGCUCCUUAAACUUAAUGUUAUUGUUAUUAUUAUUAUUAAUAAUAAAGCGAGGCAGGAAGUGCUUCUCCUUGUAAAAUUCCCUCCCCUCCCUAUACAAACACACACCUCUGGAAACCUUUCCCCAAGAGUGUUUCUAGGUAGACUUCAUUGAAUUACCUGUUUUUCUUGAAUCAA